GCGAAUCAAUGGCUUCCGCCAGCUGACCUGCAACUUCGCAAGUCGGCAUUCUCGCUGAUCUCUCCCAGCUUCGUGCGCCAAAGCCCGAAUACCUGGGUUUAGGGUGCAAUCCAGCCACACCUAGGUCUACAGGUUACUCUCUUUUUUUCGCCCCAUCGAAUUUCUUGGACCUCUGGGCAACUUGAAAGUCUUCUGGAAGCGAAAAUCCAUCAAAGACAAGCAGGACAGACAAGCAGGGCAUUGAUUGGCAUCGGCUGCCAGCCGCGUCGAGCCUUCAAUUUCCCCAUCUUUUAUUGUUCUUCCUGUCCUCCCAGCCUACCAACAAUGACCAGGCCAGACUCGCCAAUCGAGGACUCGCCGCUCUCGUCCAUGGCCUCCUCCGAGGACGAGUUCCCCGACGAGGUCACCGAGGUGUUGGAUGACGGGCCCCCACCCAAGCGCCUCAAGAUCACCGCCCGGUCGAACACUCCCUCGGCCGUCGCGCCUGAACCCGAGGCAGAACCCGACCCUCUCGAGGGCAUGUCCGAUGUGUCCUCCGACACCGACGGCGAUGUCCCCAGCUCCCCGGUGAACGCGCGCCAAGACGAAGAUGACUUCCAGGAGCAGAUCACUGUCUGCGCGUGGGAGGGUUGCAAGACUGGGGACAUGGGCAACAUGGACAAGCUGGUCGAGCACAUCCACAACGACCACAUAGAGAGCCGGCAAAAGAAGUACACCUGCGAAUGGGUCGGCUGCUCGCGGAAGAGCAUGCCCCACGCCAGCGGCUAUGCGCUGAAGGCUCACAUGAGGAGUCACACGAGGGAGAAACCUUUCUACUGUUACCUGCCUGAAUGCGACCGCGCGUUUACUCGAUCCGACGCCCUCGCGAAGCAUAUGCGCACCGUCCACGAGACCGAGGCGCUCCGACCGUCCGACCCGGUGCCUAAGAGCAUGCAGGCCGCGACGGGCAAGUCCAAGAACCUCAAGAUCAUCAUCAAGACCCCGCAAUCCCACGCGUCCGGCCAGGACGAUGCCGUGGACGACGCCAGCCCAGGGGACGAGUCGUCGGGCGACAUGUUCACCCCGCUCACUCAAGAACAGGGCUUCUCUCCCGAGGAGCUGAACAUGCCGCUCGAGCGGCUGGUGAAGCUCUGCCGCCUGCAGGUGAAGUGGGCCGAGGAGGAGGGCGAGCAGCUGCGGGCCGAGUGCAAGCUGUGGGAGGACCUGUACAAGCAGGAGUGGCUGGAGAAGGAGGUGCUGCUGGACCAGGUGGUGCAGAGCGAGCAGGCAUGGCAGAAGCGACAGAAGGCGCUUCUCGAGGGGGAUGCCGAUGUCGCGCCGGCGGGCAAUGGCGAGGCCGCGCCGGCCGACGCGAGCGCAAGUCGCGAGGAGCCUGUCACGGCUGAUGCCUGAGGGGGAUAUGGAGCCGUCUCGGAACAGGAUUUAGACCCCCCCAUAGUCCUCCGUCGGGGGCUCAUUGAUUUUGCGGACGUGGGCGUUAUGGUUCGGGCGAGGAGUUGGGGAACGGGGAAAGGGGCCUGUUAGAGGGCAGGCGAUGCGCUGGUUCUGAUUACGGCACCGGAGGUCUGGACAGUCUUUCAAAUGCAAUGUUGGUCAUGUUACGGUUGCGCGGAAGAGCAUGGGCUACCGAUCAAUCCAUAGGUUUUUGAUUGUUUGAGAAUUGCGGCCCAUUGGUAUUC